GGCUGCUGCCCUCUUCAAGGACCGGAUGGGGCAAUGGGGGUUCAGGCUGGUUGCCCUCCUUCUCCUCUUGUGCCACAGACAGGGCGCUGAAGCCUGCAGUACCGUCGGAUGCUGUUUUCAGAACCCACCAUACCCAGAUGCAGACUCAGGUCUGGGCAGUUCCCCAUCGUGGAAGGGAGGGCUGCUGCUGGGCUCUGACUGACUCCUCCCUAGCAGCCCCUCCCUUAGCUCCUUCCUGCUCAGCCCAAGAGUGGGGUCUUGGGAGCCCUGCCCUGACAUCCUGACAGCCUGUCCGCAUCAAACUCAGUGCAGUCAUCCACCUCUGUAAGCUUUGUCUGCCCCCUAACAGAGUCACACGACUGGUCAGCAUGGGGGGUUAAGCAGCCGCUAAACAUUUUGCCUUCCCCGAAGCAAGCAUUGCUGGAACACUCAUGCUUAUAACAAAUUCACUGAUCUGCCCCGGGCAGGCGUUUCAUCUAUUCUUUUGUUCAAGAGAUAUUUACUGAACAGUUACUAUGUGCAGACACGGUCCUGGAUGUGAAGGAAUCAGCUGCGAACCCAGCUGUCCUCCUGGGGUCACAGCCUAGUGCAGGGGGUGGAAGACAGUCACACUAAUGCAUAUCCUGUGUAUAAUGAUGUGCUAUGAAAUAAACAGAGCAGAGCGGGAGGUGGAGAGGGAAGGGGCUGCUUCAAAUCACCUAGUGUUUGAGGUGGUGACUCUGAAGGAGAAAUUGGAAUGUGACGAUCUGGGGCAAGGGCGUUUCAGGCAGAGGGCACAGCACAUGCGAAGGCCCCGAGGUAGGAGUGAGUCCGAUAUGUUUGAACACCAGGGAGGAGGCUGAAGUGGCUGGAGCAGGAAGUGCAGGGGAGAUGGCAGGAGACAGGUGGGAAGGGCAGUGGAAGGUGCUGGAAGCCACAGCGCAUUUAAGCUGAGGUACUACUGGGUUACAUAAGUGUCACAAAGAUACCUCCCUGAGUUGAGUCAGUUUGCGGACACCCCCUCCCUGACACUGUAGCCUAUUCUCAAACCUCCAGGCUCAGCUUCAGGCCCCAGGGCCCCAAGCUGCUACCGGGUGUUCAGCAGCGCUGGUUAUGAAUGCUCCUGGGAGUACGAGGGCCCUGCAGCUGGAGUCAGCCACUUCCUCAGAUGCUGGUGAGGACCCUACCCUUUGCUCCGCAACGGCUGCCUCUGUUCUCGGGGUCUGUGCCCCUUCCUGGGCCUUGGCUGGGGCUCUGUGUUGUGGGUGCUCAGCACAGCCUCCAGUCUGGCCGCUGUUGCUACUUUGCCACAGGCUCGGCCACCAAGCUGCAGUUCUCUGACCAGGAUGGCAUAUCCGUGCUCCAUAAUGUCACUCUCUGGGUGGAAUCCCGGGCCGCCAACCGGACAGAGAAGUCCCCCAACGUUACCCUGAACCUCUACAGCUCAGUUAAAUACGACCCUCCCCCAGAAAACAUCAAGGUGUCCAAGUCAGCCGGGAAGCUGCGUAUGGAGUGGGAGACCCCAGCCCGCCAGGAUGGUGCCCAGGUACAGUUCCGGCACCGCACACCUGGCAGCCCAUGGAAGCUGGGUGACUGCGGACGUCAGGAUGAUGCCGGCUUCGAGUCAUGCCUCUGCCCCUUGGAGAUGGACAUGGCCCAGGAAUUCCAGCUGCGGCGGCGUCUGGGGCCAGGGGCCCCCAGAGGUCCCUGGAGCAGUUGGAGCAGCCCUGUGUGCAUCCCCCCUGAAACCCCUCCACAGGCUGAGGUGAGGUUCUCAGUAGAGCAGCUUCGCCCAGAUGGGAGGAGGCAGGUGACCCUGCAUGAGCAGCUGCCCCAACUGGAGCUUCCGGAAGGCUGCCUUGGGCCUGACUCUGGGUUGGAGGUGACCUACCACAUCCAUCUGCACAUGCUGUCCUGCCCAUGUAAGACCAGGGCCAAGAGGACUCUGCGCCUGAAGAAAAAGCUCGUCCUCUCGGGUGCUGCCUAUGAUCUGGCCGUCGUUUCCCGGAAUCGCUUUGGCCUCGGCCCCAAUCAGACAUGGCACAUUCCUGCCUGCAUCCACUCAGAACCAGGGCUUCUGAAUAUCAGUGCCGGAGCCAACGGGACCACCAUACAUUGGCCAGCCCGGGCCCAGGGAAUGAGGUACUGCAUUGAGUGGCAGCUCCAGGGCCAGGAGGAGAACCUUGCCGCCUGCAUCCUGACGGCCCCCCAGGACCCUGACGCAGCUGGAAUGGCAACUCACAGCUGGAGCCAAGAAUCUGGGGCAUUGGAACAGAAGGCAUGUUACCGCGUCACCAUCUUUGCCUCUGCACACCCAGAGAAGCCAACCUCAUGGUCUACAGUCUUGUCCACCUACCAUUUUGGAGGCAAUGCCUCAGAGGCCGGAAGCCCACAGCACGUGUCGGUAAGGAAACUCAGCCAGGAUUCGGUGUCUGUGGACUGGACACCAUCUCUGCUGAGCACCUGCCCUGGUGUCCUGAAGGAGUACGUUGUGUGCUGCCAGGAGGAGGACAGCAACCAAGUAUCUGAGCUGCACGUGAAGCCCACAGAGACCCAGGUCACCCUCCAAGGCCUGCGGGCUGGCACAGCUUACAAGGUGCAGGUUCGCGCAGAUACAGCCAAGUGGAGGGGCGCCUGGAGCCAGCCCCUGCGUUUCACCAUCGAAGUCCAGGUUUCUGAGUUGUCCGACUUGUCCAUCUUCCUCGCAUCUUUGGGGAGUUUCGUGAGCAUCCUUCUCCUGGGAAUCUUUGGGUACCUCGGCUUGAACAGGGCUGUAAGGCACCUGUGCCCACCCCUGCCCACACCUGGUGCCAGCACCGCCAUCAAGUUCUCUGGCAGCCAGGGGAAGCAGGUUUGGCAGUGGACCAGCCCAGCAGACUUCCCGGAGGAGGUGUCUCCACAAGAGGCCCUAAUGGUGAAUAUAUCCUGGGAAAAAGGCGAGGGAGCUGACAUGGGCACACUUGGGACUCUCAAGGAGAAGAUGGAGCUGCCUCUGCGUGCCCCUAAGCCAGCCCUGGACUUGAAGGACAGGAAGCAGAUGCAAGGAUGCCCUGAGGCUGGGGCUCCGGGGCCUGGCUGGCAGGACGGUCUGGUGGAGGACAGCCUUGCCCAGGCGGCUAGGUCCCCACUGCUGCUCCUGGGGGGCCUAGGGCGGACCCCCAGGUUCGGUUCCCAGGGAGAAACAGGAGCAUCUGCCUCCUCCUACAGAGAAGCCUGAUGACUGCCGCCACGUCGGCUGGUUAUUGUUUACUGCAUACUCAGUCUGCUCUUUCCAGACACUCACGUGAUGCCCCUGAGUGACAUGGCUGUCCUAUGGACCUAGUUUAGUGAGCCUCAGUGAGGUUCAGAGAGGGCUAGUGGCUGGCCUGGGGCCACACAGCACACGCAAGACUGUAAUCCACGCCCAGUGGCUCAGACUCCAUCCUUACUCCCCGGGCUUUGGAGCCGCUCCCCUCCAUAGACGCUGAUUCUGCCCAGCACCAGCUGCCACAAUCCUAUGGUGGGAACCUUAAAAACCACCUUGAAACGGAAGUUGCUGUCCAGGGCCAGGACCUGGCAUCCAUGGAGUAGGACGCUGUGGUUGGCCUGUUGAAGGGGUGUGGGAUAGACUGAAGAGGGGCCCAAAGAGGCUCAGGCUGAUCCCAGAUCCUGGGCUGGGCGUCCUGUCUGAAUGGGGAAUCUGGGUGCUGAAUUCUCUGUUGCACUGCAGGGUCUCCAGGCUUGGAUGACCCAGAUGUAGGGGAAAGAAGACUAAACAUUCUGAGGGAGGUGAUGGCCCCUCCCUGGCCGCAGAUGUCUCGCCUGUAAUGUGGGGGUGAAAAUAUAAAAUAAAACAAAUAAUAAAAUGGG